AUGCUGCACAGCAUCCAAACUGAGACUUUGUUUGUGGAUAAUAUAACAGAUCCUUCAGGUGGUCAGGAGCUGCCAGAGUAUGCAGGCUGUGACAUCAGUACCGAAUAUGACAUUUUCAAAAGUAUUGUUGCUGCUGCCUGCAUCACAUUUGGAAUCCUGUACACAUUCUUUGGGUACAGGUUCUUCAAAGCCAUUAUGUUCCUGACAGGAUUCAUCUUUGGUACUGUUCUGGUGUUCAUGAUCCUGCGAGAACAUGACAUCCUCCCCCCUGAAGGGAUUCUGGGCUGUGCACUUGGGGCAGGUGUCCUGUUAGGUCUCUUCACCAUGUUGCUGCAAUAUGCUGGCCUCUUUCUCACAGGAUUCAACCUUGGAGUGGCAGCUGCAGCUGUGAUCCUUAUUGUGGUGGAGCAGAUUGUACACCCUUACACCAAGUGGAUUCCAAUAGGAGUAUUUCUGGUGCUCGGAGUUCUCUUUGGAAUCUUGAGCUUUCGCUUCCAGAAGACAUUAACAGUGAUAAGUACUAGUGUGUUUGGUGCUGCUAUGGGACUAACAGGCAUAGACUAUUUUGUAGAGCUGUCUCGUAUGGCGCUGUAUGUCUGGGAUCAUGUUAAGGCAGAGAAACCUUCAGAUCUGUGCUGGUAUAGCUGGUUUGUGUUUGCACUCUGGCCUGCUAUUGCUUCAGGAGGAACAAUUAUUCAGUGGAAAUUCACCAGCUAUGGAGUAGACCAUCGACUGGCUCUGCGAAGUCGUAGAGAACAGGGAGCUAAUCUUCAGCAGACAAGGGCCAGAGAGAAGAGAGAGACCCAACAGACCCGCUAUCGUCACCUGUACCAGGCACGACGAGUUAAAGGGGAUGUUAUAUCUCAGAAUUUUACCCAGACUAUUCAUCACAAGCUGUCACCUGCCAUGCAGAGUUUGACAGCAUUGAGUUCAGAGCCUAGCAACGAAGAAGAGAGCACAGCUACAACUACGUUAACUUAA